UGGACCAACUGGAAUGGAGUCUCUGUGAGGUCUGGCUGAUUGACCAAUGCAGUGCCUAGCAGCUCCUACACAGGAAGAGGCAAAGAUGAGUGGGGGAGGGGAGCAGGUCGAUAUCUUGCCUGUGGGCUUUGUUGUCAAAGACCGCUGGAAGGUGCUGAAGAAGAUUGGUGGAGGUGGAUUUGGGGAGAUUUAUGAGGCAACGGAUUUGUUAAUCCGAGAGAAUGUUGCUCUGAAAGUGGAGUCUGCCCAGCAACCCAAGCAGGUGCUAAAGAUGGAGGUGGCAGUCCUAAAGAAACUCCAAGGGAAGGACCACGUGUGCAGGUUUAUCGGCUGUGGGCGGAAUGAGAAGUUUAAUUACGUCGUAAUGCAGCUGCAGGGCCGUAAUCUCGCUGACUUGCGUCGUAGCCAGCCAAGAGGGACAUUUACGAUGAGCACCACCCUGCGACUGGGCAAACAGAUCCUUCAGUCCAUCGAAGCUAUCCAUUCUGUUGGCUUUCUGCAUCGUGACAUCAAACCGUCCAACUUUGCAAUGGGACGAUUGCCAUCUACCUACAGGAAGUGCUAUAUGUUGGACUUUGGUCUGGCACGACAGUACACCAACACGAAUGGAGAGGUCCGGCCACCUCGCGCUGUCGCUGGAUUCCGAGGAACCGUUCGCUACGCAUCAGUCAAUGCUCACAAAAACCGAGAGAUGGGUCGACAUGAUGAUCUCUGGUCACUGUUCUACAUGUUGGUGGAGUUUGCAGUUGGUCAGCUACCCUGGAGAAAAAUCAAGGAUAAGGAGCAGGUCGGUCUGAUUAAGGAGAAGUAUGAUCACCGGAUGCUGCUGAAGCACAUGCCGUCUGAGUUCCACAGCUUCCUGGAUCAUGUCUCCACGUUAGAUUAUUUCACCAAACCAGAUUACCAGCUGAUCAUGUCUGUCUUGGAGAACAGCAGUAAAGAGCGGAACAUCACAGAGAACGAGGCCUUUGACUGGGAGAAGGGUGGCACUGAUAUUUUACUGUCGACCAGCACACCCACUCAGGCCCAGCUCCAUACCAAGCAGACAGCUGCCAUGUUUGGGGUGAUCAAUGUGACCCCGGUACCAGGUGAUGUGCUCCGGGAGAACACGGAUGAUGUCCUACAGGAUGAGCAUCUGAGUGACCAGGAGAAUGCUCCCCCAAUCUUACCCAGUAAACCAGCUGACAUGACUGCAGUGCCACCAAACCUGGUCUUUGAAACAGAGGUCUGGGAUGAGACAGAUAUCAACCGCAACAAACUGCGCAUCAGCAUCAGCAAGGUCAUCUCUCAACCUCCUAAUCUGCAGUGA